AUGACGUCCAGCCAGCCGAGAUAUGACUACUAUCAGACCGACACAGCAGUCAAUCUUUCCGUCUUCGUAAAAGGUCUCACAGAGAAUGACGUUGACAUCAAGUUUGGAGAGCAUAGCCUCUCAUUGACGCUUCACAGUCCUAGCGCACCUCCCCAAUCACUGGAGCUACAGCUGCACGACGACAUCGAUGGGAGCAACUCUUCCUUCAAGGUUUUGUCCACAAAGGUCGACAUCUUGCUCAAGAAGAAGCUUCCGGGAAGGCGGUGGCCGAAUCUGGAAGCUCAGGCUGGUGGAGCUGGUGAGUGA